AUGAACAUUCAGGCGGCAGUUAUUAAUGCAGGGAGCCCAGAAGGGAAACUAACCAAUGAACAGUGGUCACAAGUGGAGGUUAAGCUUCUCGAAUUCGUCAACGAAGAGAUACUUGCCUCCACAGGUUUCGUUCCAACCUUCGGGCCACUAUCGACAGUAAAAGGCUUCAAGGUUCUUGCCUGUUGCGGUGAACCUACCCUGAACUGGCUCAGAGAUAAAGUGGGCUGCAUGAAGGGGUUAUUGGACGGAGUUACGCUUAGCGUUGCUCUUAAAGAUGACCUCCCCACCAGACCCAAAGUCCGUAUUAACGUACCGGGCCCCAAUAUCGACGAGACCACCCUUGAAAGGUACCUAAGAGCACAAAACCCAAGCCUCCCCAGUGCAGACUGGAAGGUCAUGCAAAUGGAGGCACCUACGAAAUCAGGUCGGGAAGCAAUCAUCAUGCUCAACCAUGAAACCAUGGCUAUGCUACCAUCUUUAGACUUCCUUUUGAGAUUUGGCAUAAAUGCGGUAAAGACAUCGCCCUGGUGCAAGAGCCGUGGAUCAACAGCGGUAACAUCUGCGGACUUAAAUCCAAAGAUUUCAUUAUUUAUUGCAAAAAAGGGCCUACUGAAGCGCAGAUAUGACGACGGUCAAAUGUGA